AUCAUUAUUCAAGUCGGAAGAGAAACGCGAACAUGGCUCCAGGUGCGUCGGGAAACAAGAGAAGCAUACGCUGUGGCUUAAUACUAAUGCAAUUGCUACCGGCAGGCGGUCGAGUGCGCAAAGAGCUCGAAGAGUGUCAGAAAGACUCGCACUUGUCGGGCGUCACGGCUGUACCCGUAAACGCCGCGUCGCUUUCAGAGCUUCGCGGCUCCAUUAAGGGACCCGAAGCUACGCCGUACGAGGGCGGCCACUUCGAGCUGGAAAUCGUCAUCCCACCCAAAUAUCCGUUCGAGCCGCCGCAGAUGCGCUUCUUGACCAAGAUCUGGCACCCCAACAUCUCGUCACAGACCGGUGCCAUCUGUCUGGAUAUCCUCAAAGACGCGUGGUCACCCGCUUUAACCAUCAAGACGGCACUAUUGUCCAUCCAAGCGCUACUAUCCGCAGCCGAGCCAACGGAUCCACAGGACGCCGAGGUGGCUAAAAUGUAUCUCCACGACCACGAGCAGUUCCUCAAUACUGCGCGCUUCUGGACUGAAAGUUACGCAAAACAGACCGAAACAGGAGACGACGCUGCACUCUCCAGACUCAUCGACAUGGGUUUUCCCGCUGACAAGGCAAAGGCGGCACUACAAGCCGCUAAUGGAGACGAGAACGCUGCGAUCGAAAAACUAGUGAGCAGCAUGUAACUUCCUAUAAGCGGACGGCUAGCUGAAUGUACAGAUGACUCGCUAGCUCUUGCAGGAGCUUAUUUUUUCUUAGAUUUUGUGGUGCGACUCGCUGUUUUAGCAGAAACUUUCUCGUCCAGUUUCUUCUUGAGCAGUUUGCGUUUGUCACCCGUGAGUUUCUUGUUUGACACGUCACUUGAUCGCGUCAUUUGCUGCUGGAACGCGGCGCGUUCGAACUUGCGCACAGCGUCACCACAGCCGUGAACUUCAGGCAGCGCGUGGUCGUAGCAGAACUUGAGCUUGCAGAACUUACAGACACUGCCCAGCAUGGUGGUAUUCUUCUUGCAACGACUUGAGCUCUGGAACGCGCAGUUUGAGCUCUUGUUCGCUUGUCGAGUGAGGAAUUCCAGUUCAUCUUCGCCGUCUUUCAGGUCGUCGAUUGGUGCAGUAUUGACAG